GGAGGGCUAAUUCCCGAGCCCUUACAACAGUACAACUGACUGGAUCGAUAGAGGUACUAUACGUUGAAGCAGAGCAGAGAGAGAGAGAGAGAGAGAGAGAAUGAAUUCAGUUGAGCAGAGAGUAGUGAGUAAAACGGAACAAAGUCCAGCUAAUGAAAACCAAACCAAAAAUAUUCUAUUCUAACCGUUAAUCGCCUGUAGCGGCGUUGAGAGUAGUAUAUAUAUAUAUAUAUAUAUAUGCCUAUCUCCACUUUCCAUUCUCUACCUUCAUCACUACAGCUGAAAGUUCCAUCCUGCAAUAUAAUUCUCCGUCGAUCCGAUUCCGACUUCCGGCUUAAUUAAUCUCUUUCCGGCCAGCAGCAAUGAGGAAAGCGCUUCUCUUCCGCACCAUCCUCGGCAUCAUUGGAAACAUCACCUCCGGCGCUCUGUUCAUUUCACCAGCGCCAACUGUUUACAGAAUUAUGAAGAAGAAAUCAGUGGAGGGGUUCCAUCCAUGGCCAUACCAUGCGGCACUGAUGAACUGCUUCAUGUGGGUGUUCUAUGCCAUGCCAUUCGUCCAUCCUCACAGCAUUCUCGUCAUGACCAUCAACACUCUCGGCAUCGCCUUGGAGCUCUCCUAUCUCGCCGUCUUUUUCUACUUCAGCAAUGCCAAAACUCGGGGGAAAAUGGUGUUGUUGCUCCUCAUUCAACUGCUUGCUCUUGCUGGGAUAGUUGCUGCAACUCUCAUGGGUGCGCACACCACCCAAAAGAGAAGCACAAUUGUGGGAUCACUGUCUGUUGUCUUCGGCAUCAUUUUGUACGCCUCGCCUCUCUCCAUCAUGAGGACAGUGAUCAAAAGCAAGAGCGCGGAGUUCUUGCCGGGUUGGCUCAUCGCUUCUGGCUUCACUAAUGGAAUCAUCUGGGCAGCCUAUGCUUGCAUUAGAUUCGACAUCUUUGUCUUCGUCAGCAAUGGGGUUGGAGCGCUGUUGUCUUUCAUCCAGAUUAUCCUCAAGAUAAUUUACCGCAACGGUCCAAAGCCGGAACAACCCAAGCCAUCCGAGGUGUAGAUCCAGAAUGUGGCUUAGCAGCCUUAGCUUGAAUGCUUGAUCAUAUAUAUAUAUAUAUAUAUAUAUAUAUAUAUAUAUAUAUAUAUGCCGGUUUUUAUGCAGUUUUUGAGCGGCGCGAUCCAUUUAGUCAUGUUUAGUUUUAAUUUGUAAAUAUCCACGUACCACCUAUUUGUGAGAGUGAGAGUGGCAGACCUCAACUAACUGUCUAAUGCUGAUAAAGAAAGAGGAAAGAUCGAGAAGAAGAUUUAUUGAAAGGCAUGCAUGCA